AGAGAGCAACGACGAGGAAAUAGAGAGGCGUAUUCAACAUACUUGGAACAAAUAUUGGAGUCUGAAGGAGAUUUUCAAAAGCAAUAUGCCGAUAAAAAUUAAAACGCAAGUAAUGUCGUCCUGCCUUUUACCAUGCUUAACAUAUGCUUGCCAGACCUGGAAGUACACAGCAAAAAUAAAGAAAAAAAUUGUCACGUGUCAACGAGGCCUGGAGAGAAGCAUGCUAAAUAUUAAAAAAAUCCAAAAAAUACGGCACUCUGAAAUAAGAAACAUAUCAAAAGCUAUAGAUGCUCUAAAAUAUGCCAAAAAGCUAAAAUGGAAAUGGGCCGGGCAUGUAGCACGACUGACAGACGGCCGAUGGACCCUAAGAGUGACAUCGUGGAAAGGCCCACGUGGGAAACGCGGUAACGGAAGACCGCGAACAAGAUGGGCGGACGAGAUAAAUAAAAUAGCUGGUCCAAACUGGAUGCAAAUAGCCCAGAACAGAGCGAAAUGGGCAUCUUUGGAGGAGGCCUUCACCUGCGGAGGGGUUCUUGCAGUUUAAAUACUAUUAGUCUAAAAAAAAAAAAAAAAAAAGAAAAGUUUGUGUUAUUCAUAAAUCUAGAGUUAAUGUUUUUUUUAGCUAUGGCAAAAUGUAUAGUCUUAGUUUGCAGGAAAUAAAAGGCUUUUUUAUUUAUUUUAUUUAUUAUGACGAAUUAAAAAAAACUACUUAAUAGAUCUCGUUCAAACCAAUUUUCGGUGGAAGUUUGCAUAGUAAUGUACAUCAUAUAUUUUUUUUAGUUUUAUAAUUCUCUUAUUUUAGAAGUAACAGGGGGGGAGAGACACAUUUUACUACUUUGGAAGUGUCUCUCGCGCAAACUAUUCAGUUUAGGAAAAAAAUAUAUUAGAAACCUCAAUAUCAUUUUUGAAGACCUAUCCUAUAUAAAAUUUUGAGUUUCAGUUCUAAGUAUGGGGAACCCCCAAAGUUUAUUGUUUUUUUUUUCUAUUUUUGUGUGAAAAUGUUAAUGCGGUUCACAGAAUACAUCUACUUACCAAGUUUCAACAGUAUAGUUCUUAUAGUUUCGGAAAAAAGUGGCUGUGACAUACGGCCGGACAGACAGACAGAAAGACAUGACGAAUCUAUAAGGGUUCCGUUUUUUGCCAUUUGGCUACGGAACCCUAAAAAUACGACAGAAAUAAAUGAGCGAGGUCCAGAUUUGAGGAGUCAUUUUGCAAUCGUGUAUCACGAAUUAACCAUGGGCCGAGUACAAAUAUUAUUUUUUACCAUUUGCGUAUUUUACCAAAUUACCAACGGCUCCAUUUCAGGAUCAUUGCGUCGACGAAUACUACAGCAAUGGCGUGAGGGGAAUAAGACAGGGAAUAUCGAGCCGUCUGUACGUGGCAUAAUAAAUCUAUUCAGCAUGAUUGAGUGCGCGACCGACUGUAAUCCGUGGCAUUUAAGAAACUAUGGAAACUACUGCGGAUUAGGUGGUUCCGGUACACCUAUAAAUGAUAUUGACAGUUGUUGCGAACAACACGACGCGUGUUACGACGACAACAAAGACUUCUACGGCUGCUCGAGCAGCAUGUACGUGUCGUUGUACGAAUGGAGUUGCAACGACGGGUACCCGUCUUGCCACGACGGGCACGACAGGUGCGGGCUCUGGACUUGCGUGUGCGACAAGGCUAUGAUGGAGUGCUUGAAUGACGCCGGAUGCCCUUAGUUUUGAAUGGCGUAGGAUAUAACUAAUAAUCAAUUUUCAAAAGUG